AGCUUUAAUAUGUAAUUUGUAAUAACCAGAUAAGAAACAUUAAAAACUAUUUAUCAUGUAUGCCUGAGGAAAAGAUCUUCCUGAUGGAUCAUGGCGUUAAUGUUUACAGGAUAUUUCAUAUUUUUUACAUUGGUGAUUUUUAUUUUUUCUUCCUGUGAAAAAUCUGUGAGCAAUUACUCUGGAUGGGCAGUUUUCACAGAUGAUAUGGAACAGUUUAAGAAAGUACAAGAUUUCAGACCCAAUCAAAAACUUCAUCCAAAUUUGUAUUUUGAUGCUGGGGAUGUACAAACAAUGAGACAAAAAUCUCGUACAAGCCAUUUACAUCUUUUUAGAGCUAUCAAAAGUGCAGUGACAAUUAUGCUGUCCAAUCCAACAUACUACCUACCUCCACCAAAGCAUGCCGAUUUUGCUGCUAAGUGGAAUGAAAUAUAUGGUAAUAAUCUUCCUCCUUUAGCACUAUAUUGUUUAUUAUGUCCAGAAGACAAAGUUGCUUUUGAGUUUGUCUUGGAAUACAUGGACAGGAUGGUCAGCUACAAAGACUGGCUAGUUGAGAAUGCACCAGGGGAUGAGGUUCCAGUUGGCCAUUCUUUAACAGGCUUUGCCACUGCUUUUGACUUUUUGUAUAAUCUGUUAGGUAAUCAGCGAAAACAAAAAUACUUAGAAAAGAUACAGAUUGUUACUGAAGAAAUGUAUGAAUAUUCCAAGUUUCGCUCAUGGGGCAAGCAACUUCUUCACAACCACCAAGCUACAAAUAUGAUAGCAUUACUCAUAGGGGCUUUGGUUACUGGAAUAGAUAAAGGAUCUAAAACAAACAUAUGGAAACAAAAUGUUGUUGAUGUUAUGGAAAAGACUAUGUUUCUCUUGAAUCAUAUUGUGGAUGGCUCUUUGGAUGAAGGUGUAGCUUAUGGAAGCUAUACCUCAAAGUCAGUUACACAGUACGUUUUCUUGGCACAACGCCAUUUUAACAUUAACAACUUGGGUAAUAACUGGUUAAAAAUGCACUUUUGGUUUUAUUAUGCUACACUUUUGCCAGGCUAUCAAAGAACUGUAGGUGUAGCAGAUUCCAAUUAUAAUUGGUUUUAUGGACCAGAGAGCCAACUAAUUUUCUUGGAUAAGUUCAUUUUAAGGAAUGGAGCUGGAAAUUGGUUAGCACAGCAAAUUAGAAAACACCGACCUAAGGAUGGGCCAAUGGUUCCUUCCACCGCCCAAAGGUGGAGUACUCUUCAUACUGAAUAUAUCUGGUAUGAUCCAAAGCUUACCCCACAGCCUCCUGAUGACUUUGGCAUAGCUAAAAUGCACACAUUUCCUAACUGGGGUGUUGUGACUUAUGGGGCUGGACUGCCAAAUACACAGACCAAUACCUUUGUGUCAUUUAAAUCUGGGAAACUGGGAGGACGAGCUGUUUAUGACAUAGUUCACUUUCAGCCAUAUUCCUGGAUUGAUGGAUGGAGAAGCUUUAACCCAGGACAUGAACAUCCAGAUCAAAAUUCAUUUACUUUUGCCCCCAAUGGGCAAGUAUUUGUUUCUGAGGCUCUUUAUGGACCAAAGUUCAGCCACCUUAACAAUGUAUUGGUAUUUGCCCCAUCACCAUCAAGCCAGUGUAAUAAGCCUUGGGAAGGUCAACUAGGAGAAUGUGCACAGUGGCUUCAGUGGACUGGUGAAGAGGUUGGUGAUGCAGCUGGGGAAGUCAUUACUGCUUCACAACAUGGAGAAAUGAUGUUUGUGAGUGGGGAAGCAGUGUUUGCUUAUUCUUCAGCAAUGAGACUAAAAAGUGUCUAUCGUGCUUUACUUCUCUUAAAUUCUCAAACUCUACUUGUUGUUGACCAUAUUGAAAGACAGGAGACUUCCCCAAUAAAUUCUGUUAGUGCCUUCUUUCAUAAUUUGGAUAUUGAUUUUAAAUACAUCCCAUACAAGUUUAUGAAUAAGUAUAAUGGUGCCAUGAUGGAUGUGUGGGAUGCACACUAUAAAAUGUUUUGGUUUGACCAUCAUGGCAACACUCCUGUGGCUAAUAUACAGGAAGCAGAACAAGCUGCUGAAUUUAAGAAACGAUGGACUCAGUUUGUUAAUGUUACAUUUCAUAUGGAAUCCACAAUCACAAGAAUUGCUUAUGUAUUUUAUGGACCAUAUAUCAAUGUUUCCAGCUGCAGAUUUAUUGAGAGUUCCAGUUCUGGACUUCAGAUUUCUUUAAAUGUCAAUAACACUGAACACAGUGUUUCUGUUGUAACUGACUAUAAAAACCUGAAGAGCAGAUUUGAUUACCUGGGAUUUGGUGGUUUUGCUAGUGUGGCUAAGCAAGGUCAAAUAACCCAAUUCGGUUUGGGGACUCAUGUAUUAGUAAACCCUGUAAGACAUGAUACAGUUCUUUUCCCUUUUGGGUUUAAAUUUAAUGUAGCAGUUGGAUUCAUUUUGUGUAUUAGUUUGGUUAUUUUAACUUUUCAAUGGUGGUUCUACCUUUCUUUUAGAAAGCUAUUGCGCUGUGUUUUAAUACUUGUUAUUGCCUUGUGGUUUAUUGAGCUUCUGGAUGUGUGGAGCACUUGCACUCAGCCCAUCUGUGCAAAAUGGACAAGGACUGAAACCAAGGCAAAUGAAAAGACCAUAAUUUCUGAAGGAAAGCAUGUAGAUCUGCCUGAUGUUGUUAUUACCUCACUCCCUGGUUCAGGAGCUGAAAUUCUGAAACAGCUUUUUUUCAACAGUAGUGAUUUCCUGUAUAUCAGAAUCCCUACAGCCUACAUUGAUAUUCCUGAAACUGAAUUUGAAAUUGACUCAUUUGUGGAUGCUUGUGAAUGGAAAGUAUCAGACAUCCAUACUGGGCAUUUUCAUCUUCUAAGAGGGUGGCUGCUAUCUUUGGUUCAGGACACAAAACUUCACCUACAAAACAUUCAUCUACGUGAAACCAGUAAGAAUAAACUGGCCCAAUAUUUUGCUACCAAUAAGGACAAAAAACAAAAACAGAAAAGGAGAGAGUCUUUGCCAGAUCAAAGAAGUAGAAUGAAAGGAACACUUGAUAAUCGAGAUGCAGAAUAUAUUAGGGCUUUGAGGAGACACCUAGUUUAUUACCCAAGUGCUCGUCCUGUGCUCAGUUUAAGUAGUGGUAGCUGGACAUUGAAGCUUCAUUUUUUCCAGGAAGUUUUAGGAACUUCAAUGCGAGCAUUGUACAUAAUAAGAGACCCUCGAGCUUGGAUCUAUUCAAUGCUAUAUGGUAGUAAACCAAGUCUUUAUUCUUUGAAAAAUGUACCAGAGCACUUAGCAAAAUUGUUUAAAAUACAGGAAGGUAAAAGUAAAUGUAGCUCAAAUUCAGAAUAUGCUUUUGAGUAUGAAUCAUUGAAGAAAGAAUUAGAGAGAUCCCAAUCAAAUACUGUCACCUUACUAUCUCAUUUAUGGCUAGCAAAUACUGCAGCAGCUUUGAGAAUAAAUACAGAUUUGCUGCCUAAUAGCUAUCACCUGGUCAAGUUUGAAGACAUUGUUCAUUUUCCUCAGAAGACUACCGAAAGGAUUUUUGCAUUCCUUGGAAUUCCAUUGUCUCCUGCUAGUUUAAACCGAAUACUAUUUGCCACAUCCACAAACCUUUUUUAUCUUCCUUAUGAGGGAGAAAUAUCACCAUCUAAUACUGAUAUCUGGAAACAAAACUUGCCUAGAGAUGAAAUUAAACUAAUUGAAAAUAUUUGCUGGACUCUGAUGGAUCGUCUAGGAUAUCCAAAGUUUAUGGACUAAAUGCUGCAGGUCAGCAAAAAAUUGUAUUAAUGUGUUCCAAACUACUUUGUGGAUAUUAACUAGAUAAUUUAGUUUAUUCUUCUACAUGUGUGUAUGUCUGGAGAGAGUGUGUGUGUUCUGUGUGUUAUUUGCACAUAAGGAUA